AUGAGCUUUCUAGAUACUCGGCCCCUUGCGGCCCCUCUUCGACCCCGUUGCGGCCCUUUGCGGCCCCUCUGCGGCCCCGUCGCCGCCACCCGCGGCCCCAUCGCCGUCACCUGCGGCCCCGUCGCCGUCACCUGCGGCCACCCCGCCGCCACCUGCGGCCCCGUCGCCACCACCUGCGGCCCCGUCGCCGCCAACUGCGGCCACGCAGCCGCCACCUGCGGCCUCGUCGCCGUCACCUGCGGCCACGCAGCCGCCACCUGCGGCCUCGCCGCCACCUGCGGCCCCGUCGCCAUCACCUGCAGCCCCGUCGCCCUCCCCUAG